AUGACUAGGGAUGAGGAUACGGGGGCGGCAAUGAAUGAGACUCUUCAAGGUCAAUUAUCAGUGCCAACCACUGGAGAAGUUCCAUCGCUUAACACGAACUUGACACGACCUUCAGUGGAGAUAUUUCGUGAUGUGCCAUACUCAAAUACCCGAGAGCUUGACAGGGCUCCUGGCAAGGGAUUGGGCAGAUAG